AUGGAGAGAAUAUCAGUUUCUGGGCGUGCAACUAACGAGAUAGAAGCAAUCGUGGCCAACAGACGCAAGGUGUACGAUGUGGACAUAGAGCAGUACCUCGAGUUCAGAAAGGAACUCUGGGCAGUUUCAAAUAGUGUCAAACUCGGCAAAGCCGCAGAUCCCAAUAGGUUGAAGGAAUUGGCACUGACGUUGGAACGGUUGCAGACACGACUCGGGUUGAACGUGAGACUAGAGAAGCUCAAGUACUCGAGACUGAGCUCUGAGAAUGAGCACAUGGAUAUGUUGAUUGACUCACAGUUGAGCGGCCUUGUUACACAGAUGGACAGCGAAAACAGGCGAUUGCGAUUGACAACUGAUAGGUUGAAGCGCGAUUACAGGAAAAAGUUGCAAUUGAACAGGCUUAUUCGUAACUUCAAAUCGGCAGAGUCGCUUAUCAAGCUGGAUUCUGCGCAGAUAUCCGCUCUGUUCAACAAUGCCGAGAUCGAAGACGUUGUGAAACAUUCGUCACAAGUUGAUGGAAGACAAGGCCAGAAGACUUAUACGUUCAGGAAGCAGAAUCUGUCUGCAUCUUGCCGAGAGCUUGAGAAGGCCAUUGAGUCAAAGAAGGCAGAGUGUGCUGCAUUGAGGAUCAGCAUCAACAGCAAUCGCGAGAAGUGGCUGAAGAUAUCGCAAAGGAUCAAGUUUGUUGCAGAGAGCUUAAGUGGGGUUGACGGAGAUGACAUGGAGGUGGAAAGCUAG